AUGCAAUGGAUGCCGACACUCUUACUCGGCAUGACUCGUGCCGGGCCUGGCAUUGUAGCGAUGCAGAUGAAUAGUCGACCAACAAAGUGCAACGCUGUUAUGGCUCCUAGGAUCACGACAUUGUUAGAUGAUAUGCGGACAACAAAACUAUCACAUACUUUCCAAUUACUACGGUCUGAUAAAGGAUUGUUUGUGGGUCUGGCUCAGCUCCCUCAACUCCAGCUUCAGAACCCACGAGGAUCAGGCUACACACUUCGCUUGGCAUUAGUCGAGUGUUUUUCUGCUGGCUGGACAUGCGAAGUAACCACUAAUGCUGACGAUUCCAAGACAACUCCUUUUGAUACAGCAGCUCUACUAUGUGAUUGCUCAACUUGCCCAAGCUCAGGUUCAGCGAUGGACUGA